AGGAAGUGCUGAGGCAGGGGGUGGGGGAGGAACUCCCAGGAGGGGAGCUCAGCCCCCUUGGGCAAAACAGCUACUGCAGCCCCCGGCUUCAGGAGGAGGAGGAGGAGGAGGCUGAUUUACAAGGCAGAUCAACUGGGCCCUGGCCUGAAGCUCUGAGUCCUGCAUCCAGCUACUGCCACCCCGCAGGCUAUAAGAGCACCCGACUUCCGGACCAGUACUGGGCGGGUGCCAUGAAACUUCAAUAGCCUCUCCUGUUAUCCUCCGUGUGGAUCCCAAGGGCUAUUACUUAUACUGGACAUAUCAAAAUCAGGAGAUGGAGUUCCUGGAUGUCACGAGUAUCCGAGAUACUCGCUUUGGGAAGUUUGCAAAGAUACCCAAGAGCCAGAAACUCCGGGAGGUCUUCAACAUGGACUUUCCAGACAACCACUUCCUGCUGAAAACACUCACAGUGGUGUCCGGCCCUGACAUGGUGGACCUCACCUUCUACAACUUUGUCUCUUACAAGGAGAACGUAGGCAAGGACUGGGCUGAGGACGUGCUAGCUCUCGCCAAACACCCGAUGACAGUCAAUGCUCCUCGAAGCACAUUCCUGGACAAGAUCCUGGUGAAGCUUAAGAUGCAGCUCAACCCUGAAGGGAAGAUUCCCGUGAAGAAUUUUUUCCAGAUGUUUCCUGCUGAUCGAAAACGGGUGGAAGCUGCCCUCGGUGCUUGUCACCUUGCAAAAGGCAAAAAUGAUGCUAUCAACCCAGAGGACUUCCCAGAAUCCGUGUACAAGAGCUUCCUCAUGAGCCUCUGUCCUCGGCCAGAAAUCGACGAGAUCUUCACUUCCUACCACUCUAAAGCUAAGCCCUACAUGACCAAGGAACACCUGACCAAAUUCAUCAAUCAGAAGCAGCGAGACCCUCGACUCAACUCCUUGCUGUUCCCACCAGCCCGGCCUGAGCAAGUUCAAGUGCUCAUUGACAAGUACGAACCCAGCGGCAUCAAUGUGCAGAGGGGCCAGCUGUCACCAGAGGGGAUGGUCUGGUUUCUCUGUGGACCAGAGAACAGUGUGCUGGCCCACGAUACACUGCUGAUCCACCAAGACAUGACACAACCACUGAAUCACUAUUUCAUCAACUCCUCACACAACACCUACCUGACAGCCGGCCAGUUCUCAGGCCUUUCCUCGGCUGAGAUGUACCGCCAGGUGCUGCUGUCUGGCUGCCGGUGUGUAGAGUUAGACUGUUGGAAGGGCAAGCCCCCUGACGAAGAGCCCAUUAUCACCCACGGCUUCACCAUGACCACAGAUAUCUUGUUCAAGGAAGCAAUUGAAGCCAUUGCAGAAAGUGCCUUUAAGACCUCCCCGUAUCCUGUCAUCCUAUCAUUUGAAAACCAUGUAGACUCACCCCGGCAACAGGCUAAGAUGGCUGAGUACUGCAGGAGCAUGUUUGGAGAGACCUUGCUCACAGAUCCCCUGGAAAAUUUCCCUCUGAAACCUGGCAUCCCUCUGCCCAGCCCCGAGGACCUCCGGGGCAAGAUCCUCAUUAAGAAUAAGAAGAACCAGUUUUCUGGGCCAGCAUCCCCCAGCAAGAAGCCUGGUGGGGUGGCUGAGGGCAGCCUCCCGUCUAGUGUCCCUGUAGAAGAGGACACGGGGUGGACUGCUGAGGACCGGACUGAGGUGGAGGAGGAGGAGGUGGUGGAAGAGGAGGAAGAGGAGGAGUCAGGAAACCUGGAUGAAGAAGAAAUUAAGAAGAUGCAGUCGGAUGAGGGCACAGCAGGCCUGGAGGUGACAGCUUAUGAGGAAAUGUCCAGCCUUGUCAAUUAUAUCCAGCCCACCAAGUUUAUCUCCUUCGAGUUCUCUGCACAGAAGAACAGAAGUUACGUUGUCUCUUCCUUCACGGAGCUCAAGGCCUACGAGCUGCUCUCCAAGGCCUCCAUGCAGUUUGUGGACUAUAAUAAACGCCAGAUGAGCCGUGUGUACCCCAAGGGCACACGCAUGGACUCUUCCAACUACAUGCCCCAGAUGUUCUGGAAUGCUGGAUGUCAGAUGGUUGCCCUCAAUUUCCAGACAAUGGACCUGCCCAUGCAGCAGAACAUGGCACUGUUUGAGUUCAACGGGCAGAGUGGCUACCUCCUAAAGCACGAGUUCAUGCGCAGACUGGACAAGCAGUUCAACCCCUUCUCAGUGGACCGCAUUGAUGUGGUGGUAGCCACCACCCUUUCCAUUACGAUCAUCUCUGGGCAGUUCCUGUCAGAGCGCAGUGUACGCACCUAUGUGGAAGUGGAACUGUUUGGCCUCCCAGGGGACCCCAAGAGGCGGUAUCGAACCAAGCUGUCACCUACUGCUAACUCCAUCAAUCCUGUCUGGAAAGAGGAACCCUUUAUCUUUGAGAAGAUCUUGAUGCCUGAGCUGGCCUCCCUCAGGAUAGCUGUGAUGGAAGAAGGCAGCAAAUUUCUUGGACACCGCAUCAUCCCCAUCAAUGCCUUACAUUCUGGAUACCACCAUCUGUGCCUGCGCAGUGAGAGCAACAUGGCCCUUACCAUGCCAGCUCUCUUUGUCUUCCUGGAGAUGAAGGACUACAUACCUGACACCUGGGCAGAUCUUACAGUAGCCCUUGCCAACCCCAUCAAGUACUUCAAUGCCCAGGAUAAGAAGUCCGUGAAGCUCAAAGGAGUGACAGGAAGUCUGCCCGAGAAACUCUUCUCUGGGACACCUGUUGCCAGUCAGUCCAAUGGGGCGCCAGUCUCGGCAGGCAAUGGGUCAACAGCGCCUGGGACCAAGGCCACGGGGGAAGAAGCUACGAAAGAAGUGACAGAGCCACAGACCGCCAGCUUGGAAGAGUUGCGGGAACUGAAGGGCGUGGUGAAACUGCAGCGAAGACAUGAGAAGGAGCUUCGAGAGUUGGAGCGCCGUGGAGCCCGGCGCUGGGAGGAACUGCUGCAGCGUGGCGCCGCACAGCUGGCGGAGCUCCAGACCCAGGCAGCAGGCUGCAAGCUCCGCCCAGGCAAGGGCUCCCGCAAGAAGAGGACCCUGCCCUGUGAGGAGACCGUCGUGGCGCCUAGCGAGCCCCACGACCGGGCGGACCCGCGCGUGCAGGAGCUGAAGGACAGGCUGGAGCAGGAGCUGCAGCAGCAAGGCGAGGAGCAGUACCGCUCCGUCCUCAAGCGCAAGGAGCAGCACGUGACCGAGCAAAUCGCCAAGAUGAUGGAGCUGGCCAGAGAGAAACAGGCUGCUGAACUCAAGACCUUCAAGGAGACCUCAGAAACUGACACCAAAGAAAUGAAGAAAAAACUGGAGGCCAAGAGGCUGGAACGGAUCCAAGCCAUGACCAAGGUCACCACAGACAAGGUGGCCCAGGAGAGGCUCAAGAGAGAAAUUAACAACUCCCACAUCCAGGAAGUGGUCCAGGCUGUCAAGCAGAUGACAGAGACCCUGGAGCGUCACCAGGAGAAGCUGGAAGAGAGGCAGACAGCCUGCCUGGAGCAGAUCCAGGCAAUGGAAAAGCAGUUCCAGGAGAAGGCGCUGGCAGAGUAUGAGGCCAAGAUGAAGGGCCUGGAGGCUGAAGUAAAGGAGUCGGUGCGGGCCUACUUCAAGGACUGCUUCCCCACCGAAGCAGAAGACAAGCCUGAGAGGUCCUGUGAGGCCUCUGAGGAGUCGUGUCCACAGGAACCACUUGUGAGCAAGGCAGACACUCAGGAGAGCCGCCUCUGAUGCCAGCAUCUCGCUUCGACAUUUAAGCAAGGAUGUCCACACUCUUCUCUGGAACAUGGUCCCAUUUCCCAGGAGAAAGGGACCUUAAUACUCAGAUAAGGCAGGGAUUAGAGACUAUCAAGGGCAAGGGUCCUCAUGGAACCUGGGUCUUUUCUAAGCUGGCUUCUUCUGUCUGUCCCACCUGUAGUGCCAUUGAAGGCAAAGGAAUAUGGACCAAGAGAGAGGAAACUGGGUCCUGGCCUCCCCUCUGCCUUUCCUAAUGUACAAACGGGCGCUCCACUUGGAGCUCCGUUCCCUUUCCUGGACACUUGGCUUUGCUCCCUGGAACCUUCCCUCUUGUGGGCGUGGCUCCAGCAGAACCAAGUCCUCCUGCCUUGAUGCAUGCCUUGAAGCAGUACCUUACACAGGCUUCUAGGCUGCAUCUUGGGCCUGCCUUGAGUACAGAGCAUUUGCUAAUGCCUUAAGGCAGAGCCUGAUACUGCCUCAAAGCUCUCUGGGAAUGGCUACUUCCAGAAUGGCAGCCAAGGGCCCUGCCCUCACCUCCUGCCUAUGGAGAUAGAUGGCUUCCUGGGAAAGCUUUCUCAGCUGCCCCUCAAUUGAUCAAGUAUUGGGGGUUUGGGGGCUACACCUGCUGGCAAAGGGAGACUAGCUUCUAGAGUGCUCUCUCCAACUCUGAAACUGGUUCACCCUCUUUUCUGGAUCUAGGUCUGGCACUUCCUGGCAGGUGCGCCACCAGUCUUGGGUGGGGGCUUGAGUUCAUCGUCAUUUUCUUCACUGAAUUUAUUUAUUUUUCUCCUUCCUACCAAAGAACCCAAUCCCAGAAUCCCCUGCCUUAGCCUGGCCUCUGUUCUCCAGUUAGGAAAAGACAGGGGGAGUGGAAGGCCUCUGAAGCCAAGCUGCGUGAGUGGAGUGUGGGGAAUGGAUCCCUUGGGGGCUACAGAAAGAGUGAAGGCUCUUCUGGGGCCCUGUCAAGUGGCCCUGCCUCUGGCUUCCCUGUCUGCUGGCCCUGAUGCCAGAAUCCUUAAAAGAUGAUGUUAUUCUCGCUUCUCUACACCCCCACAGAUAUGUUCCUUCCUUGUCUCUCCUGACCAGGGCUGGAGCAGAAGAUCCCAGUACAAAAGUGCACCCACCCUCUUGGUAACCCCAAACCUUUGAGCCGUCUGGGCCUCUUUAGGAACACCGAGAGUGACCACACACACACACAGAGACCUGCCCCUGCUGUGGUUGGAUCCAAUAAACUUUCUGGAGGCAUAGCUUGUGGGCCACACCCCCCAGCUCCGUCUCAAAUCCCAAAUGGGCCAACAGGGCAGGGUGAUGCUGGGAAGAGGUUGUUUUCUUAUCAGAGAGUUACAACAGAUGCCAGUAACUGUGAGCACCUGUGUCUUUGGAAAAUGAAUAGGGACGCCCUCCCUAUCCCUCCCAGGGCCUGACCUCACAGGUCCCUGGCCACAGAGUAAAGCUAAGACCUGUUCAUUCAUACAACUAAAGCCUGGCCUCUGUCAGGUAGUCUCCCUGUCAUAGCUACACUGGAUACCAUCAGGGUGGGAUAACCACACCCCGGGGCAAUGCCCUGACAUCAACCCAUUCCCCAAAAUCCCAUACUGCCCUUCCUUCCUCAGACCUCCCAGGGAUGUAACUUUGUGGAGAUGAGGAGCCAGACUGAGGGGAACUCACUGAAGCGGGUGUGUGGGCUCAGUCAGAGCCAGCAGGGCCCACUGGGCAAGUAACCACAGUCAGUACCCAUGAGCCCACAGGGAAAGCCCACCUUCAGUUCUCCUUUUGCCAGGUCGGGUUGCAACUGAGCAAAUGGGAAAGAAUUGCAAUCCUGCCUCCUGAAGGGGCCUCUGAAUGGCUUCUCAGGCAGGUCUGCAUACCCACUUGCUUGCUUUCAAUCUGAUGCCCCAAAGGGCUGGUUCUACGCCCUGGAGAUAGGUUAAUCUGUGGCCACAGGGGGAAGUACAGAGGAAGAGUUGAUGCCCUCCCUUGGGCACUGGAUAGGUAAAAGACACCUGCGUUCCAUCCCUGUUGUGCCAUAGGGCCAGGUUCCCUUUUCACUCCUGAUUUCCAUUUGAUAUGGAGAAGGGUCCUCACCCCUCAGGAGCCCCAUGGUUGACUCAGUAGCAGAUCCUCUGCUGACUCACCCCACCCCCCUUGCACUCACCCCCCUCCCAGCUCCCUGCAGCUCCAAGGCACGUGCCACUAGGCUCAACCCUCAGGAGCUAGCAAGUACAAUGUGACAGGGUGAGGGGGCUGGUGACACUUGAAGAGGAAAGGAGGGGGCGGGAGGGGCAGUUACAGACAGACAGACUUGCACACUGAGGCACCUCUGGGAGGAAGCCCUUUUGCCAGCCUGGGGCCUGCAGGAGGAGAAGCUGGGCGGGUGGAGGGAGGAGUGUGAAGCGCCUGCCUGCCCCCUGCCUGUAUAGCUCCUUCUCCUGUCAGCCUUCAGCUCCCUAAGCGACAGCUUCUAAUUCCGGCUGUUGGAGCCUCUGUGCUCCACAGUGAAAUCUCUGGGUUUUUUUUUCUCCCCCCAGCUUUUGCUGUUUCUUUUCUGUUCAGAACAUAGUGAGCCAAGGGUAGAAAGUCAGAGCAAAGGCUCUAGGUUCUGAAACCUGGGACUCACUGCCCAUCUGGGAACUCAGCACAGACCAGAGUGAGGCUCUGAAGACUUGACCAAUUUUCCCACUACACCCCACCCCCAAAUACAUUGUUUCCUUCCACCAUAGGCAACAGGGGCACAGGCAAAGCUGAGCUGGUUCAGGGAGGCACUUGGGAAGAGGGGCUGGGGAGGUGGGGGAGGCUUGAUGCUUUUUUUCAUGGAGGUGCACAGCCUAGCCUUCCUCUUGAUCCCAAAGGCAGAAAAAAAAAAAAGGGAAGAAAGCAUUUUUCUCUCACGAUGAAAACAGGGAAAACUGAGUCCUAAAAGGACAAAAGCCUUUCUUCUGCUUAAGGAGUGGGAGCAUGCCUGUCACCUUCCUGGGAGUGGAGAGUGUCACCUGGAUGCUGAUGGGACGGACUUUGAGGUCCCUCUAAAUGGUGCUUCUCCAACUGGCUCCUGACCCUGUGUGGUGCAGGCGGAGUUUCUGUCUCUGCUCCCUCUGCACAGAUGGGACUGUGCAGGCCUGGGUUGACACUGCCAGUGUAUGACACAGGCUGAGACCUAACUCUCCUGCCAAGAAAUGCGUGGGGGCUCAGUUCACCGACUGUGCACUUAGUAAUAUGCCUCACAGGACAAAGGGGAGCAUGAGUCCCUGUUGUAUGGUCUAGCCCGAAUCCACUCCUAGGCCAUCCUGGAGCCUAGGUAGUCCAGAAGACACAGAUGCUCCGGGGCCUCCCCAGCCCCUGCUCCCCGGGGCAGAGCACUCCUCACAGAAUCCUCAGGCGUGUCCCGCAAAGCAACCAGACUGGACACCCCCUCCAUUCUUCACUGGACUUCCUUUCUCUUACAGCAUAGGACCCCUGAACACAACCCUCCACAUUGUGUCUGUUGGGUGCCUUUGUCCCUGUAACCCCUCUGCCUGGCCGUCUUCCUUGUUUCUUAGCCUGCGUCUCUCAUCCUUAAAGGACUAACUCUGCUGUUGCCUUCAGAGGAUCUUAGUUCCCUCUCCUUCCCAUCAUUUGUCCUUCCAUCCAAUGGCUGUUUUGAGUUUGCAUUUAGCAGAUGUUCUCAGUCCUGGGUUCGUCUUCCUGACUGAGAAGACAAGUCUCAUUCAUUCAGUUUGUGCAUCUGUGUUUCCCAUUGCUGGAAACACAACCAUAGGGUCUCAUGUAGCCCAGGCUGGCCUCAACCUAACUGUAGCUGAGGAUGAUCUUGGAACUUCUGAGCCUCCUGCCUCCAUCUCUCAAGUGCUGGGUUGUUAGCUUAUAGCACCACACCUGGCUUCAUCCUGGGAAUGAAUCAAACCAAUCGUUUCGUGUAUACUGGGCAAAUACUCGACCAGCUGCGAAAAGUCCCUAGCUCUUCACUUAUUCUACAAAUAAACUCCAUUUCAACUA